AUGGCUUCCGGUUUUACAUCAUCAAAGAACUCAAUUUAUACAAAACGAGCUCUUCUCAUUGGCAACAAUGAAUACAAGAACAAUAGGCGACGUCGAUAUUGUACGAAUGAUGCUGAAGACCUUGCUAAUAAAUUAUGUAGCAUUGACUUUGAAAUCACAGUUGAUACUAAUUUGACAUAUGCACAAAUGAAGAGAAAGAUCAAAACGUUUCACGAUACGAUAAAUCCAGGUGAUCUUAUUCUUUUCUUUUUUGCAGGUCUUGGAUGUCAAUGGAGUCACCUAAAUUUUCUUGUACCCGUUCAUGAUGAUCAAAUUGAAACAAAUACUGAUCUUGAAUAUCGAACAAUAAAUGCUCAAGCUACGCUUGAAAGGAUCAUGAGUCGUCGUCCGUUAGCAGCUAUAUUUCUUCUUGAUUGUUGUCGAAAUAGUUUUGUACGCGAAUCAUCACAUUCUAAUGAUCUUUCAAGUAUGCGAGCGGUUGCUGAUUCGUUUAUUUGUUUCGCAUGUGAUGCAAAUGAAGUUGCAUUAGAUGAAUCAACAAAUGGUCGAAAUAGUAUAUUUAUAUCUCAUCUUCUUCAACAUAUUGAUCAACCAAAUUUAACUAUUGAUGAAAUAAUGUCUAAUGUGUGUGAUGGUGUAAUGAAAGAAACAAACGAUGAUCAAUGCCCAUUUCGAGUAUCUGCGCUUCGACGAAAAGUUUAUUUAAAUGAACAAAUUACAAACGAUGAGCCCGAUCAAAUGCAUGUAGCUCCACAUAACGGCUAUUCAAUUAAAAAAACAAGAGAAUUCCUAGUCAAGUAUGGACCUUAUUUACGAACAACAUUGAAAAUUGCUCAAAUUCUAUUCAAACUUGGAAGUUUUGUUGUUCCACAACUAGAUAGCGUGUCACAGGCUGCUAGUAGUGAUGUAGAUACGAUCUUAUCGACAUUCAAUAAGCAGAAAGAGAUGCAGCAGCAACUAAACUUGGUUGAGAAAUUACUCGACCAUCAAUGGACACAGUCAAAUUCAACAAUAGUCGGACAAGAUAAGUCACGUGGAUUGCCACUUCAAGAACCAGAUCUGCGUGAAGUUGAGAAGUAUCUGGACGUUACCGAUAAUAAACGUAGUUUAGGAGACCUGUACCGAAUAGUCACCGCUGAUGGGCAUGUGCGUUGGGUGUGCCUAGAGCACUAUGACGAUAUCAGCUUUAAUAAUGCGAUGCUCAAAUAUACCGAUCAGCUGGAAGCCAUGGGAGAGCAAUCUUUUCUUUUCAAUCAUAUUAAUAUCAAAACAAAAUGGAAACAACAUGGAGUUACUAUUGCUGGAGGAAAUAAAAGUGGCAAUCAGUUAAAUCAACUCGAUCAUCCUCGUAGUAUCUAUAUUGAUGAUGAUCAUCAAACUAUUUAUAUUGCUGAUUGGGAAAAUCAUCGUAUUGUUGAAUGGGAAUAUGGAGCAAAGACAGGGCAAAUUGUUGCAGAUAGAAAUGAAUAUGGAAAUCGAAGUGAUCAAUUAAGUGGUCCAAGAGAUAUGAUUGUUGAUAAAACGAAUGAUUCUAUUAUAAUUUCUGAUUAUGGAAACAGUCGAGUGGUACGAUGGCCUCGUCAAAAUGAUAAAAAAGGAGAAACAAUCAUUUCUAACAUUGAUUGUUAUGGUCUGACAAUGGAUAAAAAUGGAGAUCUUUAUGUCUCUGACUAUGCGAACAACGAAGUGAGACGAUGGAAACAAGGAGAGACAGAAGGAACAAUAGUUGCAGGUGGAAACGGACAAGGAAAUCAACUCAAUCAGCUUCAUCUUCCUACUCAUAUCUUCGUUGAUGAAGAUCACUCAGUUUAUGUAUCAGAUCUCUACAAUCAUCGUGUGAUGAAAUGGAUGAAAGGGGCAAAAGAAGGUAUUGUUGUUGCUGGUGGAAAUAGUGAAGGAGAUAGUUUGACACAAUUGUCUAAUCCUUAUGGAGUGAUUGUCGAUCAUUUGGGUAAUGUUUAUGUGGCUGACCGUGAUAAUCAUCGAAUAAUGCGUUGGUGUAAAGGAUCUAAGGAAGGUAGUAUUGUUGUUGGUGGAAAUGGAAAAGGAGAACAACGAAACCAGUUUAAUUAUCCCAGAGGUUUAACAUUUGAUGUUCAAAGUAAUCUUUAUGUUGUCGAUUGUUGGAAUCAUCGAAUACAAAAAUUUGAUAUUGAUUUGUAUUAA